AGCCCCUCCCCUUUAGGCAGUCUUACUCAUAUCGAAAGUGAAAGUUAGAUAAAGAAAAUUGCUUCGUGUCGCAGUCGCCACUUUUUCUCUGCGUCUCUGAGCGGCGGAGGAGCCUUUAUGGUUAAAAGAAAUGGCCUCGCUUUACUGGUUCCUCGUUGGGGUCCUGUUUUUCUGUCUCUAUGCAGUGGCUGAAAGCUCUUUUGUUGAAGUGGUGUGUGAUCCCAUAAGCAUGGGCCAGGUGAACCAUCAAUCGUUGCUGAAGUGUGAGGUCAAACUGACGCAGCCUAUACCAGAUUUAGAAAUCACCUUGGUGGUCUGGAAGAAGAAAGGGGAUGAAAGUCCUAUUGCACUUUAUAAUUUCAAGAAUGAAAAACCAUUUAAAGAGCAACCGGGCUUUACGUUUCCUAACCGCAACAUGAACGACUUCAACGUUUCUCUGCUCAUCAGCAACAUUGAAGUGAAGCACCAGGGAAUAUACACAUGCAUGGUGAUGACAAGUAGUGGUAGCAGCAACAGCCAAACAGAACUCAAAGUGAUGGCCAGAUACAGUAACCUGACUGUACGUAGCAUCAAUGCAUAUAAAGAUCCCAAAGUAAGCCAGACCCUGAUUUGUGAGGCUACCGGUGGCUACCCAGAAGGCAACCUGAGAUGGAUUGUUGAGAACAACACAGACUGGACGAAAAGCUCCAAGCAAACUGCGACCAAGAUGGAAAAUGGUCUGUUGAAGAUGCACAGCGAGCUGCCCCUGCUGAAAGGGUCUACCUUCGAUCGAUACAGCUGUGUGCUGUUCAAUUCCAGCGGUGGCAGACAGGAAUCUGUCCUCUUCACACUUCAUAACCAAGAACUCACCUGUGCUCCAUCUUUCUUCGUCUGGUUAAAGCUGCUAAAGCAGCAGAUCUUAGUUGAAGACGUUUCAGAAUCUUUUCCUGUUUUCUUUCAUUAUUGUAAUAAAAGUUUUACAUUUUGCUCCACAGAUCUCCAAUCCGGGUCUGAUCAAAAAGCGGAACAAUCAAAAUCUACAUCAGCAAUAGUUGCUCCAGUGGUGGUCAUCGGGUCACUGAUUGUGGGGUUGCUGCUGGCGCUGCUGUUCUUUAGAAGACGAUCUCAAAAACAGCGGAGGCCAUCAACUGCUCCUCUGAUGGGGGAGCAUCACAUGGUUCCUUCAGCUCCAGAAGCCGAAAUGGUUGAUGAUCCUCCUCCUGCAUAUGAGCCCUAACACAGCUUGCCUUAAGGGGACUCAACGAGCGUUUAUGCAUUGAUUUACUGCGUGACUCCAAAUCAGCACUUCCUUCCUCGCUAAAACCACCCGUAUGACAUAACCUUCCUCCAGCUUAUAACUGCGUAUUUUCAGGGAUAACUUACUGUAAUUCACCACUCGGCUUACCACGAAUCUGAACUCAGCAGAAACACUGUUAAAGACUCAAAUGAAGAUAAAACGAGAUCGGCGUCGCCGGUUAUGCGUGGAAAACAGAAGCGGCUUCCAAAAAGGUGGUUAAAAUGUUGAGGAAAAACAGAAAUAUACCUACGAUCCUGCAUGGUAGGUAAUGAUGGGUAUAAGAAGUGGACACAGGGUCCAGCCAGAGUUGAGAGGUGGAUGAAUAUAAGCAUACAGAUUAUAUGUCUGUUGUUUUUUGUCUUUUUUAAUGUUUUUUUUUUUGUUUUGUUUGGCCAACUCUGUAAUUGUAGCCUUUGGCAGCUUAUGGUGUGUUUGUCUUUUUAUGUGAUGAUAUGCUAUAAGGAAAGCACUGAAUCAGAGGGGGGAGGGGUUUAAAAAGUAGGCACUAGGAUGUGUGGACUUUGUGUUUUAGAGCUCUUUAAUUUUGUCUUUUUUGUUUUUAUUUUUUAAAUAAAACGUCAGAAAGCAUUUUGUAUGUUUAAGAUUUGUCUCUAGAAGUAUCAGUCAUAGAUGGUAAACAAAGAUGCAGCACACUAGAAGAAAAAAUCUGCUUUAACUGAUGAUUAAAAUGCUUGAAUUGGUAAAAAGUAAUUGAAUCUAGGGCUGCAACUAACGAUUAUUUUAAAAAUCGAUGAAUCGGCCGAUUAUUUUUUCGA